UGGACAUCAGAGGGAGCUCUGGGAGAAUGGUCCCUGUUUUGCUAAAGCCCUCGUUUGAGUCGGCUAUGGAGCUUUUGAUAAACGUUCGGGAAGCGUGCGGCGUCCACAGUGACAACCCGUACGUGUUUGCCCGAACCGAUAGAUUAUCGGCCUUCCAAGGGUCACGCUGUUUCCAGAGAUACGUUAAAGAAUGUGGAGCUAAAAACCCUGCAACUCUGACGCUACUCAAGCUUCGGAAACAUUUUUCAACAAUGCUACAGCUGAUUCACCUGGAUGAAAACGAGGCCAGACAAAUUUUUGGCCCGAAUAAUCAGAUUCAAGCUCUGCUGCAGAACGGCAUGAGUGAAAAUACUAACGUGGAGCUUGAAGACUCGCACCCACCCAAAACCAAACAAAUCUGGAAGGAGUCAGAGGUUAAGGCCGUUGAAAAACACCUGAUGCAGUUCAUCACCGAGCAGAAGAUACCUCAGAAAGACGACUGCGUUCGGUGCCUAGAAGCUGAGCCACACACUCUAAGGAAACGUUCGUGGAAAGGUGUGAAGAACUACGUCAGAAACCGAAUCACAACUCUGCAACGGCAAAGCGGCUUUUCCAAAGAUUCAUCAAAAACCAGCAACAGGCCCAGGCAGAAGGAUCCACAGCAGAGUUCUGUGAGAUCGCAACCAUCUAACAAACGAGCUGCCACCGAGCAUCACGGCGUGGUCUUCACUUCAAGUGCUGAACCAGGAGCUCUCGACCAACAACAAGCUCAUGGCGUAACAAGUUACACCAAGACUGCCAAGUCUAACAAAGCAAAAGAAAAAGGCUCACAACACAAACCCAAACCUAAAUGGAGCGAGGCGGAGGUCCGUGCCGUGGAGAAGCACCUGAUGCGUCUUAUCGAAGAGCACCGGCUGCCUCAGAAAGAUGACUGCAUUCGCUGCCUCGAGGCCGAGCCACAAGCUCUGAGGAACCGUUCUUGGAAAGGCGUGAAGGACUAUGUCAGAAACCGGAUCACGACUCUGCAACGACAAAGCGGCUCUUGCAAGUCUUCAUCAAAAACCAGUGACAGGCACAGGCGGAAGGAACCACGGCGGAGCUCUGUGAGGUCACAACCUUCUAACAGACAGGAAGCUGUCUCAGAGCAUCACAGCACGAGCUCCUGUUCAAGCUUUGGACCAGAACGUCUUAACGAACAAGUGCAUGAAGUAACCAGCAACAAGACUGCUCCUUCUAAAUCUGGCAAAUCAAGAGAAAAAGUCUCGAAUCCUAAAACCAAACAUAAAUGGGAUGAAGCGGAGGUUUCCGCCGUAGAAAGGCACAUGAUGCGUUUCAUCAAAGAUCACAAGCUGCCUCAGAAAGACGACUGCGUUCGGUGUCUCGACGCCGAACCGCACGCGCUGAGGAACCGCUCGUGGAAGGGCGUGAAGGACUACGUCAGAAACCGGAUCACAACCGCGCAAAGACAAAGCAGCUUUUCAAGAAGCUCGUCCAAAAUCAGUAAAAGACCCAGGAAGGAGAAACCACAGCAGAGUUCUGGAUAUUACCAGCAGCUGUAGGUGGAAACUGGAGCUAAAGUGGCCAAAACUGGUGAAAUGUUUCUGUCCUCACUGCU